UUGAGUCCGGCGCUGCCCCGCUACGCUGGAGUUCUCUAAGUUUUACAGCCUGAAGUGGACACUGCAGAGGGAGUCAGCGCAGAAUGGAGAUUCCAGCCAUAAACCUCAAGGCCAUCGUGUUGGUUCACUGGCUGCUGACUGUCUGGGGCUGCAUGGCCUGGUUGCCUAUUUCCUACGCCUGGGGAAAUUUCAGCGUUUUGGCUGUGGGUGUGUGGGCCAUCGCUCAGAGAGACUCAGUAGAUGCUGUACUAAUGUUCCUGAUUGGGAUGAUGCUGACGAUACUGACAGACAUCGUCCACUUUGGAAUUUUCUACCCGAGAAAUGAAAGUUUGGCAGGGAACGACACGUUCCGCUUCAGCGCGGGGAUGGCCAUCCUCAGCCUCAUACUCAAACCUCUGUCCUGCUUCUUCGUCUAUCAGAUGUAUCGCGAGAGGGGAGGCGACUACAACAUCAACUUCGGCUUUCCCACAGUGACCCGGAACAGAGAUACCUACCAGUCCAUUGACCAGCAGGACCAGCCCAGCGCCGCCAAACCAUUCAACCAAGCGGAGGACCAAAAACCUGCAGUGCGCGCAUACUGAAGACUGCCUUCACUCAUUAGCCCCUUCCGAGUGACCGCUGUGCUGGUUUGUGGUGUGGUAAAUGGUGGGAGGUGCAGUUUGAUGGGCAGGGAUGAUCCGCAGGUCAUUAUAUGUUUACUCUUAAGCCUUACAGUGCAUUACUGUAUUCAUAUGGGUAGUCAUGUGCGCUGGAUAAUUUAAGUAGAAGGUGAUCAUGCUGGACCUGCAUUGUUAAUUUUAUAUGACAGUAUAUGAAUCCAAGGGUUUCUAUAGAUGUGACAUACAUUAUACACCGAUCAGGCAUAACGUCAUGACCAGACUGUAGUGCAUCUGUUUCUCUGCAUACAUACCCAUGGACAGAGUAGGUACUAUUAGGGUGGUGGAUCAUUCUCAGCACUGCA